UAAUCGGCGGCAGAGAGAUGAGGAAACACUGAUCUGAGGAUACUGUAUAAAAAGAAGAGUAAACAUGCUCAUUCAUUCACCGCUUCACGCUACAGGCUUCUGGACGAAAAUCAACAGAAUCCUCAGAGAGUCAACUCCGUGCAAGAUCAAGAAGAAAAUGAAGUCUGCUGCAGUUUUUCUUGCAGUUGCAUGUCUACUCCUUGCAUAUGUACAAGGACUACCGAGGAUCAAUUCCAGGAGGUGUUUGUGUCAGGGUCCUGUGGUUAACGCAGUUCGUCUACAACGGAUUGACAAGAUUGAAUUGUAUCCUGCAAGUGCAACUUGUCAGAAAGUGGAAAUUAUUGUCACUCUGAAGAGCGGCGCAGGACAAAAAUGUCUGAACCCAGAAUCCGAAUUUACUCAGACCUACAUCAUGAAAGCCAUUAAAAAAAGGAACGCAGAGUAAAGAGUGUGAUGUGACACUACUGAACUGAUGUGAAACGAUCUUAUCUGCAGUCAACAUUUUCAAUUCCUGAACUGAUAAAGCUUGUCUUACUACUAUAUUUUUUGUCUUUGAAUAUUGUAAAAACUGAUUUUUUUCUAUAUCUACUGUUUACUUUAUGUCACAACUGUAUAUUGUAAGUCACUUUUAGAACCUUUUUGAACAAGAUUUUUCUUUUUACAUAAUUUAUUAUUUUACAUUUUUGUAAACGAAUCUACAUGUCUUAUGUAUAAAGAAUUAAACACAGAGGUUUCUUA